AUGUCUUCCUCAAAAAAUAAAGAUUAUGACGUCGAAAAGAUUGUUUCCAAACGAACUGAUGGAAAAGGUCAAGUUUUCUAUUUAAUAAAAUGGAAAGGAUAUUCUACAGCAGAUAAUACAUGGGAACCAGUAAAUAAUGUAAACAAUUGUCCUGAAUUGGUUAAAGCAUUCGAAGCUGAACAUGCAGCAAAAACGAAAACUAAUUCGAAGAAAACUGAAGCUCGUGCUAGUACUAGAUCAGCUCGAUCUAGUGUAUUAUCAUCGACAAAAUCAACCAAUGACAAUAAAAAACGUGAUCGUAGUCGUAGUGCUCCAAGUCGUACAAAUAAUAAAAGUCUCACUAGUCAUAAUAGUAAUUUUACUGAUGAUGAAGAUGAAAAUGAUGAUGACGACGAUGAUGAUAAUAAUAAUUAUUUACCAAAGAAAUCAACUAGAUCACCAGCAUCAAAACGAUUACGUAAGAGUACAUCUGAUACGGAAGUAACACCUUCGAUCAAUAGUAAUGAUAGUGAUAUACUUGAUAUAGCUAAACUUGAUAAUAUACUUGAUGUUCGUCGAAAUAAAAAAACAAAUACAUUAGAAUAUCAAAUUCAAGUCAAGAAAAAUAAAAAAACAUUUUGGGUAAAAUCAUAUCAAUUAACUGACGAUUAUCAUCAACAAGUUAUUGACUUUCUUGAAGAAAAAUACGUUUAA